CAGCGGCGUGCCCAGUUCCCUGUUUGAUGCAUUUUGAUGGUAUUGAUGUGCUACCGCCGUAGUAGCCAUUUUCUCGAUAGAGAGCGCAAUAUUGGGAUCAAACAAGCCACCCUUGGGCGAAUCCUGUCGUGUUGACCGGUGACAAAAGGCACAAUGGCAGCAUCCUCUCCUGAAAUCCGCCUCGCCAUUCUCGAUGACUACCAAGGCAUUGCACCGCCGCAUUUCCUACAACUGACUUCUCGAAUCCAAAUAACCAGCUAUGACAACACCCUUAGUCCCUUUGACCCGUCUCAGAAGGCCGCUCUCAUCGAACGACUCCACCCACAUCACAUAAUCAGCACCAUGCGCGAGCGCACCCCGUUUCCACGGGAGCUCAUCACCGAGCUGCCAAAUCUGCGAUUUCUCUUGACCACAGGCACUCGAAAUCGUUCGAUCGAUCUUGCCACGUGCGCUGAGAAUGGGAUUAUGGUGGCUGGGACCACUGGAGGAGGCAAACACCAGGAUAUGAGCGCAUUAGUUCCCCCCAGUUCUACGGUACAGCAUGCUUGGGCGUUGAUACUGGGGAUAACCCGAAAUAUCGCAAGUGGUGACGCACUUUUAAAGGCUGGUGGCUGGCAGGAAUCGGUUGCGACUGGCCUUUCAGGCAAAACUUUGGGAUUGCUAGGCUUGGGCAACCUGGGUGCCGAGGCGGGAAAGAUUGGCGUCUUAGGAUUCAAUAUGAAGGUGAUUGCUUGGUCAGAGAAUCUGACUCAGGACAUCGCUGAUGCUCAAGCGCUUAAAUUGGGCCUUCCCGUGGGGACGUUCCGAGUUGCAUGGACUAAAGAAGAGCUGUUCCAGGCGGCUGAUGUGUUAAGUGUGCACUAUGUGUUGUCAUCACGGAGCCAAGGGAUCGUAGGUCGCAAAGAACUGGAGAUGAUGAAACCAACUGCCUUCUUUGUGAAUACAUCUCGUGGGCCGCUGGUUGAUGAAGAUGCAUUGUUGGAUGUUUUGAAUGAAGGAAAGAUAAGAGGGGCAGCUUUAGAUGUGUUCAACAUCGAGCCUUUGCCUCUGGAUAGCGAAUGGAGAACCACCCCGUGGGGUCAAGAUGGGAGAAGCGAUGUUUUGCUAUCGCCACACAUGGGCUAUGUGGAAGAAGGCAUUAUGAAUCGUUGGUAUGAAGAACAGGCAGAUAAUGUUGAGCGAUGGUUGGACGGUAAUGAGGUGCUGACGAAGCUCUAAAAUCCAAGUAUGUAAUUAGAUCAU